AUGUCUGUGUAUCAACUGUUCUCGGGGAUCAAUUAUAUAGACUAUUCCAAAUGCAGAACAAUGUAUUAUCUACCGCUGAUUACACCUAUUUAUAUUAUCAAAAGCUACGAGCCAAUGCGUCAUUCAAGAACAUGUCUUGUCCUUGAGUACCGGUCAUAUAAGAAUGUGAAGAACCAUUUCAACUAUAAAAAAGGAGAGAUAAUGGCUCCAAGAACUAACAUCAACCAGAACGCACGUACCAAUAGAUCAACAUCUAGGCCAUUGAUCAACGCAGUCAACACUGGGCGUAUAGAAUCGUCAAAUCCAAUGAUUGCUCCUAGACCAGAAAAUAUGUCAAUUCCAGUGUCAGAGUUUAAUGAUGUAGUCAGUCUUCUCGCUACACUCAAUGACAAAAUGACAGCCGUUAGUUCUGAUGUUAGUGAAUUGAAAGUACAAUGCCAGGUGGGUGCUCAAUUGACUGGCAUGCAAGCCGUUCUGGAUUCUGAUAUGGAUCCUCAGGACAUCAUAAGCAGCUCAAGACACCCAAAGAUCUCAAGUAUUAUUCAGGGGCGGUUAAGAGAUAUUAAUCUUAAGACAGAUGAUUUGGAGUUGAUCAGAGAGAAUGAUGAUAAACCAACUUGGGAUGUCAAUGUUGGUUUGUCUGACGAGUUUAACAAGAAUCUUGCAAGUGAUUUGAUGCUUUACAUUCGUCGUCAACCUGUAGCAGCCAUGGUACCACCAAAAGAGCUAUGUGGUAUAAUUGUAAACAGCUAUUACAAUCGCUUGGCUGCUAGUAAGCUUACUGAAGAAGACAGACAGACAAACACUACCUCAAACAGAAGAGGAAAUAGAAAGACUGCUCUUAAUAAAAGGAGAAAAAGAACGUACACAAAGCAUAAGGAUGCCGUCACUGAAAAGUUUAAUCGGGAUUAUAAUGGCGUUUUUUACAGAGAUGCAAUGUCUGGUGAUGAGACAGAAACCGAUACUUCUGUUGUUGCAUCUCGUCCUGAUUGGCGUAGUGAUGAGGUAAUGUUUUAUAUAAAAUGGUUUUUCUGUUGUUUGAUUCCUGAUGUAUAUAUACAUUUAUAG